CAACUACCUCGCAAAGAACAACAACCAACCACCAACACCAGUGCCCGGCCGCCGCCGGCCCAGCAGCAGGGAGGGAGCAUGGUGGAUCGGCCCUGGCAGCCAACAGCGGACCGGAUUUGGCGCCCGGUCGGGCAGCCACCCACUGGCCAACAGCAGCAGCAGCAGCAGGCACCCCAGCCGCUGCCAAUCACACCCAAGGCAGGAGGGCCUUCUCAGGCGCCAUCGUCGGUGGCCAUGCAGCAGCAGCCGCAACAGCAGCAGGUCCCCCCGCCAGUGCCGGCAAACAAUGGCCAGCGCCCCCCACCAGGCGGCGUUGGACGUGGCCGAGGAAGGGGCAACGGCACUUGGGUGGCCAGGGAGGCCAACAACACCACCAUGAGCGGCGCGGGCCGUGGGGCUGACCAGAACAAACCCGCGUGGAUGUCGGACCCGGUCGCAAUGGAGCGUGCGAGGCAGUCCAAGGCGAUGGAGCUGGCCAAGAUGAUGCACCAGACAGUCUUCCAGGGCAAACCGCAGCCACCGAGAGAGAAAUCGGUGUGGGCAAAAUGCCCCGAGCAGUUCGGGAGGAUGAUCGUGAGCAUGUGCCUGUGCACGGGCGCAUUUGUCGACGUCGAGAGCGGAGCCAAGCUGUGCACUGAGGCAUUGCUCAAGAUCCUGUUUCCGACAGGGCAGGGGGAGGGAGAGGGGCAGGGGGAGGGGGGUGAGGGGGACAUAGCGGGAGCAAGUCAGCCAUCGAGUGCGGCUGAUGAUGAGUGACGGACUCAUCGACCGGUCGUGUGCCAUCCUUCAUGUGUGUGUGUGUGUGUGUGUUAUGUGCAUGAGGUGAUGGCUGUGUGUGUGUUGUCCCUACUGACUGAUUUAACGGCCGCGUGUCUAGUAUGUAUUUGUCAGCGGCGGACGGGACGGCAUUUAUGAUACACUGCGGGGAGGUGAAAUAGCGAAACACACCGGUGGCUGGCUGCCAGUGCUGUGUUGUGUUUGGUGUCGUGUUGUGUGGUUGCGGCUGU